CGUUGGGUUCGUUUACUCCUCUGCCCCCCCUGAAUUAACUGGUGGGAGUGAGUGACGGUCCGCGAUAACCUUUAAUUUGAAAUCAAGAUAGAAAAGUGCUUAUCAUUUCAUAACUAUAGACUGCAGUAUAUACGUGGUCAUAUAAUCCGAUCAUUUUGUAACCUUGUUGACACUUGAUUUAAGUUUAUCAUUUAUUCAUACCGAAUUAACAUGUCAGAACCUCAGUCGAAGAAGAGCAAGAUGCAGAGCUCCCUGGAACAACUGAAGGCCUUAACGACAGUGGUUGCCGACACCGGCGAUUUUGAGGCUAUGAAAAUAUUCAAGCCAACCGAUGCCACCACGAAUCCUUCACUGAUAUUGGCAGCGGCUGGUAUACCUCAGUACAAACCUUUGAUUGAAAAAGCCGUACGCUAUGGAAAUAAAACCGGAGGAUCUCCAGACGAACGUCUCGAAAAUGCUAUGGAUAUGCUUUGUGUCUUAUUUGGGGUGGAAAUAUUGAAAAUUGUCCCUGGGAGGGUCUCCACUGAAGUUGACGCGAGGUUAUCUUUCGAUAAAGAAGCUAGUAUAGCAAAAGCACUGAAAAUCAUCCAACUAUAUGCAGAAGAAGGAAUUUCCAAAGAGAGAAUUUUGAUCAAACUGGCAUCUACAUGGGAAGGCAUACAAGCAGCAAAAAUUCUCGAGCAAAAACAUGGUGUACACUGCAACCUAACCCUACUUUUCAACUUCGCCCAAGCAGUUGCAUGUGCCGAGGCUGGAGUCACAUUGAUAUCUCCAUUUGUGGGACGAAUUCUUGACUGGUAUGUGGCCAACACUGACAAGAAGUCAUAUACUGGAGAUGAAGAUCCUGGAGUUAUUUCAGUCACUAAGAUUUACAACUACUACAAAAAAUUUGGAUAUAAAACUGUUGUCAUGGGCGCUUCGUUCCGUAACAUAGGUGAAGUGAAGGCUUUAGCUGGCUGCGACCUUUUGACCAUCAGCCCCAAAUUGCUGGCCGAGUUGGAGGGUAGUAAUGACCCUGUUCCUCGUAAACUUAGCAAAGAAAUCGCCGCUAAACAGUCUCUUGAGAAAAUCGAGCUCUCAGAAGCAGGAUUCCGAUGGAUGCUCAAUGAAGACCAAAUGGCCACUGACAAACUUUCGGAUGGAAUCAGAAAGUUCGCUGCAGAUUCUAUCAAGCUGGAAAAUACUUUGAAGCCUUUGUUGAAAUCAACCAAAUGAGUGGAAUUUUGUAUAUGUGAAAAUAUAAUAUGUGUCAACUA